AUGUCUACUCCCAAAGUUGUGAUAUGCGGAGAUAUCGUCUGGGCACACGAUGAGCUCAAGGAGAUGCUUGGCUCUACUACAAACAUUGUCCUCAUGGAUUGCCAAACCAGAGCUCAAUUCUUUGAGAAUCUGACAGGGAGCGGGAAAUAUGCCAACGUCGUCGGCUUUUACAGGCACAAUUCGUCUGCGGAUCGCAUUGGCAUCUUCGACGCAGAGCUCAUCAGCAAACUCCCCGACUCGUGCAAAGCAAUCUGCCACAACGGCGCUGGAUACGAUCAGAUCGAUGUGAAAGCAUGCAAACAGCGCGGUAUCAUCGUCUCCAACACACCCGGUGCAGUCGACGAAGGAACAGCAACGACCGCACUCUAUCUCCUCCUCUCUGCCCUCCGCCAGUUUUCAAUCGCCGAAAGAAACCUGCGUGCACUCAAGUGGAAGAGUGGUCUGCCACCUGCACAUGACCCCUCCGCUAUGACGCUUGGAUUGCUCGGUAUGGGUGGAAUCGGUGUUUACUUUGCCAAGAUGGCACAUGCACUGCCGAUGAAAAAGAUCUACUACCACAAUCGAUCCCCAAAGAAGGAUGCUCCAGAGUGGGCAGAGUAUGUCCCCACAUUGGAUGAGCUCCUCGAGAAGUGCGACGUUCUCAGCGUCCAUUGCCCACUCAACGAGCACACGGUCGGGCUCGUGGGAGAAGCACAAAUCCGAAAGCUGAGGAAAGGAAGUAUCAUCAUCAACACGGCAAGAGGCAAAGUCAUCGACGAGGCCGCGCUCAUCCGCGCUCUCGAGGAUGGACACCUUUAUGCCGCCGGUUUGGACGUCUAUCCAGACGAACCCAAUGUCAACCCCCGACUGAUGGAAUUCCGAAAUGUGACGCUCCUUCCUCACAUGGGCACCGAAACGGAAGAAUCACAGCGAGCGAUGGAAGUCCGCGCUCUGCAAAACCUCGUCGACUACUUCCAAACCGGAAAGCCGAGAGACCUUUUGGCGGAGCUGCGUUCAUAG